CAACAUCAUACCACAACACACAAUGUCCGAUGAGGACGAAGACUACCACAUCCCACUCCAAGACCAACGAGUCUUUGGAGCUGGCAUUAAACGCAAAAGGAUAGCCUUCGUACCAGCAUCGUCGACGUCCGAGUCCAUUCUGCCCAAUUCCUCUUCAAACCAGCAACCCCAGCCAGUCGACAUUGCCUCACGUUACCUCUCCAUCGUCCUACCAAAGGACUCCCAACCACUGCCAGAUCGCUCCUCGUCCGCCCCUCCUGGGCCUGUUGUUGUUCGGUGUAAAGUCUGCAACAAUCCGAUAAUGUCGACCGACCAGCACGAAUCCACGCUGGCCCACCAACUCUGCUUGACUCACAUCAACCCUCCGUCACACCUUGACCGUUCACGCGUGGGCGUCAAGUACCUCGAGUCCUACGGUUGGGACCCGGACUCCCGCCUUGGAAUUGGCGCACGCAACGAGGGCAUCCGCGUCCCCAUCAAGGCCAAGGAAAAGCACGAUACAGAAGGCUUGCGCGAACAACGGCACGAAGACGACGGAGCAACCUCCCAGAAACGGCCCACGGCCAGAAAAGAGAACAAGGUCGUCAGACUCGACGCCAAAAAGGUCCGUCUACAGGCCGAAGAAGCCAAAAAAAGAGCCGAGAGGUUGAGAAAGUCCUUCUACGGUCCUGACCUCGAGAACUAUCUCGGGCCGAAUAGUUGAAUUGACUAUCCAAGUCCGCCUCAGUAGUCAUACUACGCCCAAAACAUGCCUGCUAUUCACACGCUACGAAUAUGGACAUUGCCAAAUGCACAUAAGACUGCGACUUCAACGCCGACGCCACGCUAAACUCAGGUCAUGUCAUUUCAGUCAGCAAAAGGCAAGGCGCAAAGGCAAAGAAGUGCCCCGAAACCCCAACAGAGCUUUAUUGUCCCUGAAGCAGGCGCUAAUGCUUCUUGAAUAAUCCCAGAUGGUGUUUCUUCUCCUUCUUCAACUUACCAUGACUUGCACUAUCGCUGCUUGGUGCCAAAGGAUUCUGGUAGGGGGCGGGCGCGGGACCAGGCUGCUGUGGUCUCGAUGGACUUGUCCCGACGCCGGGCCUGAUGCCAAUGUCCGGCCUGGGCCCACCGCUAACAUUCAUUCUGGCCAUUGCGUCCGUGGUCGAUCUCAUGCUGCUACCAUUCGCACUGGCGCCGGGAGGCCUUGACUGCUGAGCCUGUGGGGGAGGCUCUGACAUCCAUGCCGGUAACUUCGGCUGGGCACGAUCAACUGGUAGGUCAAGCUGUUUCCGACCAGAGCUAAGCAGACUCAAUUGUCUCAGAAAGUUCUUGGGCGUGAUCAUGUGCGUCGUCGCCAGGAAGACUUCUUUGCCGGCCAUACGCGAGACCUCAUAGCAGGCACGCGCUUCCGCGUAUGUAGCUCCACCUGCAACGAAGACAAUGAUGCGUUGACGAGGUUUGUUCGAUUGAGAGCGUGUCUGUGCCCAGGUAGGUUUGCCCGCAUUACGGAGUGACGUUUGAGCUCCCAUGCCGUGACUAUUUGGGUCAUUGAGGUGUGGUUUGACGGGUGGGAAAAUGGUUUGGUCAAGUGUACCCUGACAUUGAUCUUCUAGCAUAUAGCGCAACGCAGGCUCGAAUCGCGAUAGGCUGAUCUCUUCAGGGUUGGUGCUGGCUUCUUUCAUUCGAGGUGGGAACAAUGCUGUUGGAGGCACUGUCGUGUCUUUGAGCUGCUUCUCGAUCCUCGCGCCCAGAGUGAUGAGGUUGUAGAUUAUUUCGCCGUCCAUAGGUGACAAUUGACCAUGACAGCGGAG